AUGUCCUAUUAUAGUCCCCCUGGUAUCUUCAGACAACCGGCAGUGAAAACCAGAAAGCAGAAGAACCCUCAAACGCCAUCAUUGGAUACAAGUUGCCGUUCGUGGCAAAACAAUACCUCAAGGCUCAAUUCCCCACUCUUAAGAAAAGUUUCCGAAGACAUGAACGACUAUUACACCACAAAACAGCUGCGUAGCGAGUUCUGGACCCUGCCCCACCAGGAAGAGAAUAAAGCAGUUUUUCAAAACUCGCUUUCCAGCGUCGACGACGUGGUGCUGACGUCUUCCAUGGCUCCAUCCGAUAAUCUACAAUUGUUCCGACUCAAUGUCGAAAACCGCGAGACAGCACAGCUAGCUGAGCUGCAAUCUAUUUCGGUGCCUGGUGCACCGGUCACGACGUCAUGCCUGUUCCCACAAAGUUUCAGUAAUCCCAAACAGCCUACAGAGCACGAUCGCUUGCUGUGCUCCGGCCAUCAAGACGGUGUUGUGAAUUUGAUAUCAACGUCCGAGGUCGAAGGUGGCGCCAAAAUCAUCAAACGAUUCAAUCACGCCAAGUAUUUGAAAUCCACGCAGAUUGAAAAUUUAGACUCAUUGCUCCUAGGCAAAAGAGCGUCUCCCAUCAGGCAAGUUAAUGCCUGGAACAACAACGGUUUUAUAUCGAUAGUCAAUGAGUCCCUAUUCAUCUACGAUUUGAACCAACACCGCCUGCCAUUGUACUUACAGAGCUUCACAGGCUUGGAAGCGGUCGAAGCUAAUGCCGACAAUUCAAAUCUACUCGCGCUUGUAGGAUCGCGUUUGGGGCCAAGCGGUCUCUCCUUGCUAGAUUUGAGGUGUGCGGGUGGACAUGGAACCCUUUACAGCCCUGACACAAGUGGCUCAAGCGAAAAUAACGUUUCAACCGCAUGCUGUUGGCUCAAUGAGUAUACGAUUGCAAAUGCAGUCAGCGACUGCGUUAAGAUAUGGGAUAUAAGAUCUCCGGGAUCCAAAUGCACCGUCAAAGGACACAAAGGUUCUGUCAAGGCUCUUAAAUUCCAUAAAGAAUCUCAAAGGCUCUUUACUUCUGAUGAUCAAAACUAUACAUUAGCAUGGGACUUGGAAAAUUUGGACAACGUUUCCGAGUGUCACUUGGCCAAUGGAUUUCAAAGUAUUUGUGAGAAGGACGUCUCUAGAGUAAAACAAUGCGGGAACAUCAUUUCGUCGCCCAAUUUGGCACCUAGUUCACCCUCUUCGCAAACGUCACAUUCCAGAGUAUCUGGCUUCGCAUUACUAGAACUUUACCGCGACGGUUCUUUAUUGACGUUUGACUCGAAAGAGCUAGGAUUGCAUUCAAUUAGGAAUGUUGAGAAACCUCUUGUGCCUCCUAGAAGUGCUCUCCGAAUCCAAGCGGCUCCAGAGAAAAACAACGUGGAGUCGGACAGCACCAUGAAUCAAGAAUCUGUACUUUCCACAUGGGAUAACACUUCAGAAGGUACAGUAGAGAUUGACGAGUUCAGCACCCCCAUCAAAAAUCAGCAACUAAGUCCAAUUAUCAUUCAAGAACAGCAUACCCACAAAGUUCAAAAUCCCAGCCUUUACUCUCUACAAGAGUUCGAGCUGAGCGGUUCAACAAUAUAUAACGAGCAUAUAAUACAUGAGGAAAUCCUCUUGUAG